AUCUCCGUGUAUGAAUAAAGCAUGGCGGAUGAUAAGAAUGUUAGAACUAAAGGCGGGGAAGAAGGAGUCAUAAUGAAGAGUUUGUCUGAGGGAGCUGAGCAAGAGAAAGAAGUGGAUUCCUUGUUUGUCAAUAAGACCAUUUCAACAAUAAGGACAGUCGAACAGAGGGCGAGAUUGGAUAUCGAGAACAAGAGGGAAGAAUUGCGACAGCUAGUCGGCGAGCGAUAUCGUGACAUGAUUGAAAGUGCUGACUCAGUUAUUUCAAUGAAAGAGCAAUCAAUUAACGUGACGGCGAGUUUGAAUGAAGUUUUUGAAAAUUGUCAAAAAUUGCAGAAAAGUCAUUUUACAAGAGGAACAGGUGGAAGACAAGCCCCGCCCACCACAAGUUUAACGAGAUCCACAGGUUCCAUGAACCAGUUACUGUUACACUUGAAAGACAAAAUAUGGUGUAGUGUUAAAGAUGGCCAGUACUUGUUGGGGUGUUCCUGUUAUUUAUUGUGUCAGCACGUUAUUAAUCAAUUGAGAUCAGUGGGUGUGGUCUGGGUAAGUAUCGCAUGACUGUCACAUGACCUUAUGAAUAUUAAUUAGCCAAAUAUGUUUUACCAAAUAUGGCAAGGGAUUAAUGAAC